CUUCACUCACUUUUUCUCCCUUAAGUCGGACCUCAUCUCCCUGUACGAGAUUUCUCUCACUUCAUUCACCUGGUAGCCUCCCUUUGGCAGAGUAGAGUUGUCUAGGCUCUCAAUCCAUUCUUCUCUCUCUAAAAAUCCUCAAGUUUUUCUCUCUCUAAAACACCGAUGCCAAAAAAACGAGCCAUGAUCUCUACACUCUCGUCUUCAAUGGACUUGGACGGAAAACUUAGACCUCUUGUUGUCCUUAUUUUCUUCCUCGUUUCAAUGCCUUCUGCUCGACAUGUCGAAAGCUCAGAUGGCGAAAAGACCGAUUUCGAGGCCCUCCUGGUGUUCAAGAAGGCUGUCGAGAGCGACAAAAAGGGAAUUUUGCACGGGUGGGUACCCAACAAAGGCCAAUGCAACUGGUAUGGAGUUUCUUGCACUUCACAGAGAGUAACAAAACUUGACCUGAGCCAAGCUGAACUUUCUGGUUCUCUUCCUUUAACCACCUUAGCUUCAAUGGACUCCCUAAUUGUCCUUAAUCUCUCUUUCAAUUCCUUCUUUCUUAAUGCCUCUUCUCUCGUUCAAUUGCCACCAAGUUUGCAGUACCUUGAUUUUUCUUUCAAUGGAAUCUUUGGCUCUGUUCCUGAGGGCCUGUUCUUUAAUAACCCGAACCUCAUCUCCCUGCAACUCCCUCAUAACAACCUCACUGGAUUCUUGCCUGAGAAUCUCUUGGCUAAGGGAAUUUCCGACAAUCUUCAGUUUCUCGACCUCUCUUACAACAAUAUCUCAGGGCCCAUUUGGUCAGAGAACUCUUGUAAUGCCCUUUUGUAUCUUGACUUGUCGAAAAACAACCUUUCAGGUGAGAUUCCAUCGAGUUUAUCAGAUUGUUAUAACCUCAACACCUUGAAUCUCUCCUUUAAUGGAUUAUCCGGGGGAAUCCCUGUCUCCUUCAAGGGGUUCACGAAACUGCAGAGUCUUGAUCUCUCUCAAAACCAUUUGAAUGGGAUCAUACCCCAACAGCUCGCCAAUAGCUGUGAAACUCUACAGCAAUUGAGGCUCUCUUCUAACAAUAUCUCUGGCUCGUUUCCUCUUUCAUUUUCUCCGUGCUCUUCUCUGAAACUCCUUGAUCUCUCCAACAAUAACAUAUCCGGACCUUUUGAUGACUCCAUUGCUGGAAACUUGCAAGCCUUAGAGACCCUUCUCAUGAGCAAUAACUUCGUUUCAGGUGAAAUUCCAGCCUCCAUUUCCAACUGCAAUAACCUCAAAGUUAUGGACUUCAGCUCCAAUAAGCUUUCUGGCCAUAUCCCUGAAAACCUUUGCCCUGGUCUUGCUUUGUUAGAGGAGCUCGGGUUGCCGGAUAAUUUACUUUCUGGUGAAAUUCCACCGAGUCUUGCUCAAUGUCCUAAUCUUAAAACCAUUGAUCUCAGUAUCAACUAUCUUAAUGGGACCAUACCUCCUGAAUUUGGUGGCCUCAAAAAUUUGGAGCACUUUAUGGCUUGGUUUAAUGGCCUCUCUGGUCCACUCCCAAAAGAGCUAGGCCAUUGCAGCAAUCUAAAGACCUUGAUUUUGAACAACAAUCUCCUCUCUGGCCAAAUGCCGCCUGAAAUUUUCAAUUCUAGCGAUUUGGAGUGGAUUUCGCUCACUAGUAAUGGAAUUUCAGGCCAAAUAUCUCGGGAAUUUGGGCAACUAAAAAGGCUUGCAAUUCUCCAACUCGCUAACAAUAGCUUUAGUGGGGUUAUUCCUAAAGAGCUUGGAAAUUGCAGUAGCUUGGUUUGGCUUGAUCUUAAUAGCAACCAGCUCUCAGGCGAGAUUCCGGCCUAUCUUGGCCGGAAACCAAAUGAAAAGCCAUUAAGUGGUAUUCUUUCUGGUAAUACAUUGGCCUUUGUUAGAAAUGUUGGGAAUUCAUGCAAAGGAGUUGGUGGUUUGCUUGAGUUUGCAGGAAUUAGGCCUGAGAGGCUUUUGCAGGUGCCGACUUUGAAAACCUGUGAUUUUACAAGGCUUUAUUCUGGAGCUGCUUUAAAUGAUUGGACCCAUUACCAAAGCCUGGAGUACCUUGAUCUCUCUUAUAACAAUCUCAAUGGAAGUAUACCUGAGGAAUUCGGCUCCAUGAUUGUUCUACAAGUUCUUGGGCUCUCACACAACAAAAUCACAGGUGAAAUUCCUUCAAGUCUUGGAAAAUUGAGGUAUCUUGGGAUUUUUGAUGCAUCUCAUAACCAUUUACAGGGGAGUAUACCAGAGAGUUUCUCUAAUCUCACAUUCUUGGUUCAAAUUGAUCUCUCUGAUAAUGCACUAACAGGGCCGAUACCAUCAAGGGGUCAAUUGAGCACUCUGCCUGCCUCGCAAUACAGAGACAAUCCAGGCCUUUGUGGGGUGCCAUUGGCUCCUUGUCAAAGUGAUAACCCUAGUUUAAAUGGCUCUGGUAAUUACUCAGCAGAAGUUCCUGUCAAGCCCAGGCCAGCUACUUGGGCUAAUACUAUGGUUUUGGGGAUACUUGUUUCAAUGGCUACGACCUGUGUUUUGAUUGUUUGGGCUGUUACUGUAAGGGGAAGGAGGAGAGCUGCAGCUGCUGCAAAGGCAGCCAUGAUCAAUAGCUUGCAAGCGUCUUAUGCAACGACAUGGAAGAUUGGAAAAGAGAAGGAGCCUCUCAGUAUAAAUGUGGCCACUUUUCAAAGGCCACUGAGAAAGCUCACAUUUUCUCAGCUUAUCGAGGCCACUAAUGGGUUCUGUGCAGGGAGUUUGAUAGGGUCUGGUGGUUUUGGUGAAGUGUUCAAGGCCACAUUAAAGGAUGGAUCGAGCGUUGCCAUUAAGAAGCUCAUUCGUUUGAGUUGUCAAGGCGAUCGAGAAUUCAUGGCGGAGAUGGAAACCUUGGGCAAAAUCAAGCACAGGAACUUGGUUCCACUCUUGGGUUACUGCAAAAUUGGAGAAGAAAGGCUUCUGGUUUAUGAAUACAUGGAAUUUGGCAGCCUUGAGGAAAUGCUCCAUAGCGAUAGGAACAAGCUUUUCGGAGAUAAAGCCAGUACUUCUGGAGAAAAGAAGGAGAUUCCAGGAAAUGAAAAGAUGGGUUUUCAUGGGGAUAAGAAGGAGAAUUCAGGAAAUGAAAAGAUGGGCUUUCAUGGAGAAAACAAGGAGAAUGCAGGAAACGGUUUUUCCAUCGAAAAGCCAACUGUUACAGGUGGGUUUUUGAGGUGGGAGCUGAGAAAGAAGAUAGCAAAAGGAGCAGCAAAGGGACUGGCUUUCCUACACCAUAACUGCAUUCCCCAUAUAAUACACAGGGACAUGAAAUCAAGCAAUGUUCUCUUAGAUUCAUUCAUGGAAGCUAGGGUUUCCGAUUUUGGCAUGGCUCGUAUGAUAAGUUGCCUUGAUACACAUUUAAGUGUGAGCACUCUAGCUGGAACUCCAGGUUAUGUUCCCCCUGAGUACUACCAAAGUUUCAGGUGCACAGCCAAAGGAGAUGUGUACUCCUUUGGAGUGGUCAUGCUUGAAAUUUUGACAGGUAAGAGGCCCACUGAUAAAGAGGAGUUUGGUGAGACCAACUUGGUGGGUUGGGUCAAGGCACACGUACGACAAGGCAGGGGAAUGGAGGUAAUUGAUGUGAAUUUGAAAGGCAAUUAUGGGGAAAAUGAGGUCGAAAAGAUGCGCAGGUAUCUGGAUAUUUCUAUGAGGUGCGUAGAGGAUUUGCCAUCAAGGAGGCCUAAUAUGUUGGAGGUGGUGUCUUUGUUGAGGGAGAUAGAGGGAGUUCCACAACUGGGUGAGGAGGAGGAGAAGGGGGAUUCUAGGGUUUAGAUCUACUAGUGUUGAUUUUAUUGUUAUUAUUAAUGUUGUUAAUAUUAUUGUUUUCAUGGAGAUAUUGUUAGUAUAAAGUAUAUUUUGAUUUUGUGUUGGUUUACUAAUGUUAGGGUUAGG